GAAAUUAGAAUUUUAGGGAUCAAAGUUUUCCAAGGGAUAAACUAGGGACCAAUGAUGUAAUUUUACUCCAUUUGAUGAAAUAUUGAGGAAACACAGCUGGCAUUCUUUUGCAUACAUUUCAAUUUGUUACACUCUAUUUCGCGUUCGUUCUUUGAAUUUGUUGAAGAGGGAGGUUGUGGAGGCAUUCCUAUCCUAUGCAUAUACACAGAUCAUUAAUUGUGGGUUUCCUUUUACUUUUUUUCUUCAAAUUGGAAAUUUAGGGCAUAAAGAUAUAUUACUUCUUUUUUUUUUUUUGAAAUUCUGGAAAGGAAGUAGAUGUGUGAGAGAUUUUUCUCGUUAUGGUAAUGAUAAAGAGGCAAAGCUUCCGAUUGUCAUCGACCCUAAUAUUAUUAUUACCGUACCAUCACCGACACCAACACCGCUUUUGUUUUAGGGGUGGUUGUGGCAGUGGUUUAAUGGCCGCCGCGUUCUCUUUGCUCGUUGGCAACAAAUACAAUGAUCCGUUCCUCCUAUUGCCAAUUUACAAGGCUCAGCCUGCCUCUAACCCUCAUGCAACUUACCCAUCUCAUCCAGGAAACCUUUCGUCCUUGUCAUCGACUGAUUCAAUUACCAAUGUCGGAAGAUGCAUGAAUUGGGGCCUGAAGGCUUGUUCGUUUGACAGUCUUGAAAGGCCUGACAACAACAUUAAUGGUAACAGUGCGCUGCGGAGGGCUCGGGCGUCUACUCCGUGCCUGUCUCACUUACUUCGUGAUUCGGAGAUCGGGCUUGAAGAUAACCGCGAUACUAGAUCGUUCAAUGGUGUUAGUGGUGGUGCUCCUCCUCCUUCUCCUUAUGGUGGCGCAUACUACAGGGGAAGCUCCCUUGGAUUCCCCUCUGACCAUCCUCUGCUCGACAAAAUCGUUGUCGCUGUUGAUGUCGACGAGGUUCUAGGAAGCUUUCUGUCAGCUCUGAAUAAAUUCAUGGCCGAUCGGUACUUGUUGAAUCACUCACUCUCUGAAUAUCAUGUCUAUGAGUUUUUCAAGGCCACAAUGUAUAUCAUCUCAGGGUCUGAUAACUGGUUGAAUGAUAAUGAUAUUGUUCUUAUUGUGACAGCUGACAUCCGUGUUCAUGAGUUUUUUAAGACAUCUUAUUUUAGGAUGGGAAUCCAUCCAAUUCCAGGUGCUCAGCAGGCUCUUCAAAACUUAUCAAAAUAUUGUAGUUUGUCCGUAGUGACGUCACGGCAGAAUGCAAUCAAGGAUCACACAAUUGAGUGGAUUGAGAAGCAUUAUCCCGGACUCUUUCAGGAGAUUCACUUUGGCAAUCACUUUGCUUUAGAUGGACAGUCUAGACCUAAAUCAGACAUUUGCAGGUAUUAUGCCUAUGAACUGCUAAUUCGUAAGAAAAGCACACCUGAAGCUAGGUAG